UGGAGUUUGUGGCCGGAGAAGACGACUCGGCAGAAAAGAAGGGAUACGCUUAAAAGGAAAUGUCUUCAGUUCCAGACGGGAAGAAACUGGUCCGCAGCCCCAGCGGCCUCCGAAUGGUUCCAGAAAAUGGCGCCUUUAACAGCCCGUUCUCAAUGGACGAGCCUCAAUGGGUCCCGGAUAAAGAGUGUCCGAGAUGCAUGCAAUGCGACACCAAGUUCGACUUCAUCAGAAGAAAGCACCACUGCCGGCGCUGCGGUCGCUGUUUCUGCGAUAAAUGCUGCAGCAAGAAGGUGGCGCUGCCCCGGAUGUGUUUUGUUGACCCAGUCAGGCAGUGUGCAGAGUGCAGCCUGGUCUCACAGAAAGAGGUGGAGUUCUACGACAAGCAGCUCAAAGUGCUUCUGGGAGGAGGCACCUUCAUUGUCACUUUGGGAACAUCAGACAAGUCUGAAACCAUGACGUGCCGCCUCUCCAACAACCACAGAUAUUUGUUCCUUGAUGGUGAAAGUCAUUUUGAGGUUGAGCUGUCUCGCAUCUCCAGCAUGCAGAUCCUGACAGAUGGGACAAGUCCAGGAGAGGAAGACCUUCACACUUACACCAGUCUGCUGGACAGUCACUGUAUCUUUGAAGGAGGGACGUCACGGGCAAGUGGGAUGCUCCUCCAUUACAAGCCAAUGGGCUCCCAGGAUGCCCAGCAGCUACAAAUGGAGGUUGCAGAAGACAAGAAGGUAGCAUCAUUGUGGCUCGCUGCAAUGCACAAGGCGGCCAAACUGCUGCAUGAAGCUCGGGACCAGUGAUGACCAGGACUGGACGUUGAAGCAGCACACACCCAAGUGUUUUCCAGCUGAGCCAGAUUCAGAUCGGGUUUGGUUCGGUUUUCUUCAGAUUUUAACAUCAGAACACAUUAGAUGUCUCCAUCUGAUUUCUCACCGGUUCUUUAUACCAGUUUUUGUCAUAGUCAUUUUUGGCAAGAAAUAUUUCUUCAUGUGUGGGUUUAUUGUGUAUUUUCUCACUGUUCGAGGCUCUUCUUUGGGUUAACCACUUGGAGGAUGCAGUAUAGACAUUUCUACAGAAUGUCAAGGCCUGCUAAUGUUGGAGGCUUUAAUAUUAAUUCCUCAGUUUCGUUAGCAAAACUUUAAAAACUUUAUAUUGUCUUCUUCAUCCUUUCAUUGCACAAGGAUAUUAAAUGCUGCUGGUUCUUUGUUGUGGCUCAGGGGGGUUCAUCUCUAGUUAGCAGGGGUGACAGAACCAAGUCGUAUCUUCAGCAGAUCUUCCAGUUCCAACCUUAUAAAAAGCACAUUAAAGGACAGAUACACCUUAACUACUUGUUGCACAGGUUGAGAAGGCAUUAAGAAGCUGUAGCUGUUGACUGAAGUCCUGGAAAACCAUAAGAAAUCUUUUGUUGUUCCUUUAAACUAUUUUUAAAAACCUUUAAAAACAACCACACCUUGACGUGGUUGUUCUUGAGCGUUUUUCUGUGAUGCCAUUUUCCUGUCAUUUCAAUUAGAGAUGCACCCAUCAGAAUUUCUUGUGGGCAAUUUCCUAUCUCUGCUUUUUAGUAAAGCUGUGGCCCAUAAUAAUGUUUCCUAAUAAACAAGAAGAGAGUGCAGGAAAAUGUGAGAACGGCAUUCCAAAUAUUUUUUCAUUCCUACACUGAGAGCAGUCAAUAUUUAUUUAUGAGAAGCAGAGGCAAUAUCACACUUCGAACAGGUGUUGUUGCUGUAAAACAAGGUUUUAUUAUUUGAAAGCCUUCCUGUUAUCUGCUUAAAGUCAUGCGUCCUCUAGCAGCCUGAAUACACCUGCCAAUAUGUCUAGUCAUGUUCAGAAUCAGCUUUAUUGCCAAGUUCGUACAUACAAACAAGGAAUUUGACUCCGGUACACUUUGCUCUUUGGUUUUGUUUUUGUAUUACAGAAUAUACAAAUUUACAAUGUACAAUAUACACAUAUAGCAUAUAAUUUCCUUUUAAGUAAGUUCUUACAUCUCUGUGCUUCCCCUGGCUUCAUUUCUGAACACCUCACUGACACUGAAACCGCUUGGGUCUUCACUCUGUAACUUCACUCUGCUGUUGCUACUGCAACCUGGUGGCCUGUUGUGUUCGACUGGAGAAGAAGUCAGAUUAAGCUACUAACUGUCAGGGCCGAUUAAGCUAAAAAAAAAAACACCAUGGUUACCAACUGUUUCUUUGGGUGCAUCUCUACUUUAGAUGUGCAUGACCAUCUUGCCUGUUAAUGUGCGACUCUGAAAGAACCCUUGAGCUGACUCGGCAAAUGAGAGUAGAAAACUACACUUGGGUUAUAUGAUGGAGAAAAGACAAAACCAGACAGUAAACAGGCAAAUGUUGCAACACAUUCUCAGUUAGCCGCCAAGUGAAAACUCUGUUCAAUUCAUUGUAAUUGAAAAUAAGCAUGCAAGAUCGCCCCACAGAGGCCAUUGCUAUAACCAAGGAAGAAGCCUCAGAGACUGAUUAAAGAAUGCUUUAGCAGGGUGGGGAUUUUUCUGGAUAAGGCCAAACCCAGAAAAGGCAACAACUCCUGAAAUGCAAAGAGCAUCACACCCCUCUGUCUAAUGUCUGAUAGACCGAUGCGAACUUGGUGGGUUUUUGUUUUCCAUUGAUCGGACAAAUGUUUGACCAACUCGUACUCCUGUCUGCAUCUGUGUCUAAGGAUCUUCAGACUAUUCACUGACCAAAGUGACGUAUAAACACAACGAAAUACAUACAUUUUAGUUUCAUGCAUACAAGUUUUCUACCAGCUUUUUUGUUAACUGUUCCUGCUUUAAAUAACAGCCAGUCUGUUCUUACAGCGUUUUUAAAAUGAAGUAUAAAGAAGGUUUUUUUAAUUGCUGGGACCCAGUUAUUCCUCUUUUUGUCACUUUAUGCAUUUUAUUUUAAUUUGUCAGCCCAGUGUGAAACCAGCCAUGUUUAGUGGUCAUGUGGAAUAUUUUAACAGAGACAACACACUACAGUAACUCUAGAAAAACAGAUCUACCAUGACUCAGCACAAUUACAAGACUCGUAACCCCUCUAAACAGUUAGGGGUAAUAUUGGAUGGCAGAUAAAGGGUGACAUGUCUGCUGUCCUCAACACAUGUUCUUACGCUUCGCUUUGAUGAAUGCAGAGAGUUGUACGCCAUGCCCCUAUGGUUCCGUAAUUCUAGCUGCAUUCUCUGAAAGUCUACAUGGCAGUGAGGUCAGCCGGCUGACUUGUAUGAUGUGAAAGGGCCCAGUAAUCCAUUACUGGCGGUCAUGGUUACGUGUUUAUCAUGAAACUAUGAUUUUUUGAUUUAAUAUAAGAUUUUUAGAGAACGUUUUGUAUACAUUUAGCUUCUUUCAGUGUAGAUGACCACCUUGGUUACAUCUUCCUGUUAAACUGCAAACACAUACUGGAAUUUGUUGUUAGCUUGCUGUGCUUUGUGACGUAUGUCUUAUGUGAAUUGUGACAUUACAGCAGUUGUCCUUGGCAACUGCAGUAAUGUUGUUUUUACCACAACUACAUAAACAAAAAUACACAUAACUAUCAUUUAAUCCAUGCUAACUGGAAAAGCACCAAUCAGAGAUGUGUGGCUGAUUUCUCAUCUUUAUUUUGUCAAGUUUUAUUUUUUUUAGCAGAUUCUAAUUUUCCUUCAGUACUAUAAUUGCCAGCAUUAAACAUUUUUUUUUUUUUAGCCUUUCCUCCUAUAAGUGGACAUUAUUCACUCUUUUCUAAGCAGACCUGCCUCUGUUACCACUGUGUUUGAGACAGGAGUGACUAUAAAACACGGAUUUGCCAUUAAAACAAGGACAAACUGAACUUGGGUUGACAUUUUAAACUCUUUAGCAUAUUGUACUAAGAAUUAGCACAGUUAGCAUUGGUGACUGUGAAUAUCAGUCACUGUGUAUUCCCUAGAGGAGUCGCACUCUUACCCUCACCUAGAUUUAUCAAAUAAUUGCAUACUUUAUAACUGCACGGUAAAACUUCUGAUGCUAAAGUUUGUUUCUGUAAUGUUGACUCCUCAAACACUAUCAUAUGUAUGUAGGUAUGUCUUUUAUUUCACAAACAAUAGAUUAUUAUAACAAAAAAUCUGCCUUCAUGUCACAGCCAAUAAAAACACUCUUCACCGGUUUAUUUUUUCUGAGCAGAAAACAUUCGUGGGUUGUUUUAUACUUUUUAAAAGACCGAUGGAGAAAGACAGACUGUUUUCCUCUGUUCUUCUAAAGUCUUCCUGUGAGUUCACUGCCUAUAGAGGGAGCUUUUGCAGUAAUGUAGAGAAGCUGCACAGAUAUCCCUUUGGUUAUUAUUUGACCUUCUGUCAGAUGCAGUCCCCUUAUCUAAAAAGCCAGAUAUAUAAAUAAGAAAGAACGUGUACUUUAAAUAAAUGUUGUAAAGAAGUGACAGACUGUGCAGCCCCUUCAUUAUAAGUCAUUAUGUAUUUUUUGACUGUUAAGCAACUGCCAGUGUAAAUGUGUGUGGACAUUUGUUCUGCUCUGAGUACACUGCCCUGUUUUUUCCCUUGUCAUUUAUGUUGCUGACAAUGCCACAUCUGGUUGGACUUUUCUGUUGAGAAUAAAAUCAAGUGUUUAUA